AUGUCGAACAGGAUUCUAGAAGACUUCAAGCGCGCCACAACAAGACUGAACUCCGUCAUAUCCGCCUCUUCCCCCAAACUCAAAAGAGCCGAUGCGAAAAAGGCAGAGUGGGCCAUCAUCUCAGAGGUACUGGACAAAUGGAUCGGCACCGUCGAAACAGCAACAGAGCACCAACUCCGCUGGCCCAAAAACCUCAUGCCCUCAUGGAUGGCAACGCUCCGAUCCCGGACGUGGUUGACCCAACCAGCGCUCACCAUCAUCGACCAGCGGUUCUCCAGGUGCGCGAACAAGAUCGCCGUGGUAGUACCUCUAUCGCAGAUCAUCGACUUGGAGUUUGAUGAUUCCGAAGACGGAGAGGAGGGGCAGGAGGAGGUCGUUGAAGGCGAUGCUCCCGGUGGUGCUGGCACAUCUUCAAACUCGAACUCUAGAGCGGCGAAGAAAGAGAAGGAAAAGGCGCCUCCACCGACCUCGUCCCAUCAAGUGAAAAGAGAACCCCCAGUCUUCAAACCGAACAUCCACAAACUAAAUGAUCCACGGUGUCACCGAUGUUCCCAAGCAGCCGUCCCACGAAUGUGUUUUUCAGAAAAGAGCCUAGGGAGCAGAUGCGAGCGAUGCAUCCACCUCAAACAAGCAUGUUCGCUAACGAAGAAAGUACCUGGUGCUGUACAGCAAGCAGGAGGCGUAGCACAACCAGUGGGAGAUUUGGGAAAGGGAAAAAGAAAAGCGAUCGUAGACGCUGAGACACGGAAAGUCAGGCAGCGGCUAUCAGGCUCUGGCUCUGGUUCUAGGACAUUAGACAAUUCCUCAGUUAGCCAUCAUUCAAUGGAAGAUACUACUCCGAGGGCAGGACCUUCGUCCCAUCGUCGCAAGACUUCGGCGUUGACAGCAGAAGCGGAGAAGCUGCGAAACGAUCUUCGGAUAUUGAUUGGAGGGGUGGCUAUGGUUGGGAAGAUGUUGAAUAAACAUAUUGCAGAGUUGGAGGCGUUGGCGAAGAGGCCGUUUGGGGAAGAAUCGGAGGGGGAGGGAACGGAGUUUGAGGACUAG